AUGUUUCAACCUGAGUUGGAGGAGGGGCAAAAGAAUCGAGUUGAGAUCAAGGACCUGGAGCCUCAAGUCUUCAAGGAGAUGAUAGGCUUCAUUUACAUGGGGAAGGCACCAAACCUCCACACCAUGGCCACUGGUGUGCUGGCAGCUGCUGACAGGUAUGGCCUGGAGUGCUUGAAGGUCAUGUGUGAGAAUGCCCUCUGCAGGGACCUCUCAGUGGAGAAUGCCACUGACACUCUCAUCCUGGCUGACCUCCACAGUGCAGAGCAGCUGAAAAUGCAGGCACUGGAUUUCAUUACACUUCAUACUUCUGAGGUUUCUGAGACCUCUAGGUGGAAGGUCAUGGUGGAUUUCCAUCCCCACUUGCUGACUGAAGCAUUCCAUGCCCUGGCUUCUGCACAGAGGCCUUUCUUGGAAUCCCCUCUUCAACACCUGAAGAGAUAG